AUGUUAUCAUCAACAAUUUUUUGUCUAAGAGGAGGAGGAUCAAUCUGUUCAUCAUAAGCUAAGCCUUAAUAAUCUAGUAUAAUAAAUAAGAUUCCUGAUAAAUUCUUUUCAAAUAUGAAACAUUUUACAAAUGUGAUUGUUGAAAAGUCCAUGCACUUCCAUGAUAGAUUAAACAAAGAUGAAAUAAUUUGUGCUUUUUUAUGGUUUCAUAAUCAUUAAGAAUAUCUAUAAGGCCUUUGCAGAUAUGAAGAAUCAAAUUUAUAAUAUUAUGAUGUUAUUGAGAGUACAUUUGAAAUAUUAGUGAAAUAAUUAAUAAUUUAUUUGAAACUUUCAGGAUAUCUAUUCCAUUACUUGCUUUAGAUUUGUAAUAACUUACUUAGAGUGAUCUUUUGUUAUUAAUAAUAAAAUAAAGAGAGAUACAUGUAGGUGGUUUUAAAAGAUUAAUUAUUAUCUUAAAUAUCAGAAUUAGAAGAAUAAAUUAAAAUAGAAUCUAAUAAUAUAUGGAUAAAUGGAAUAGAAUUCGAGUUGUAAAUGAUCAAAAUAUGUCUUGUACAUUGUAGAACUAAUUCAUAAAUAGGAUAGCAAUUAGCUAUUGGAAUUUUAUCUGGGAUAGUCUCAUCAAUUUCUUAAUUAAAACCAAGUUCUGAAUUAAUUGAUUCUUUAGUUGAAGCUGGAAAGUAUUUGUUGAUUACUUUUUAUGAUAAGUAAAUAAGGAAUCCAUUAUAAAUAUAUGAAUUAUACUAUUUUUUUGAAAAUCUUAAAUGGACAAUAUUAAAUUAAUUGAAGUAAGGAUACUCAGUUUAAAAAACUAUUAUUCAGUUGAAUGAAUCAUAUAAUAAUUAUAUAAAAUAGUCAUUAAAUUGGAUUGUGCAUUUUUGUUGGAUUAAUUUAAUUUCUAAUUUAAUUUCGUAUAGAUUUAUAAUUAGUAAAACAUAACUACAAAAUACACUAGAUUAAAUUUCAGGAGCAUAAAUUACACUCAAUUCACUUAUUGAAUCAAAUCAUUUAAUACUAAUACCAUAUGAUAAAUCAUUAGUGAAAGUUAAAUUAUUUGAAAAUAAAGAUUUAAAUAUUAAGAAUUUUGUUUGUUUAAAAUUGUUCUAAGAGUAUUUAUUAAGUGAAUAAUAAAAGAAUAUUAAAUUAUUACCAGAAUAUGUAAAUUUUUAAUUUGAUACCUUAUAAAAUAAUCCAAAUAAUCUAUGGGAUUUAAAUAUUAGUCUUAUAACUAAUGAAGACAAUUUAGAAAUACUCUCAUCUUAAAAUAAUUAACUCAGAAUCUGCAAAAUCUAAAUAAAAUAGAAUGUUGAGUAAAUAGAAAAUUAAGCAUAAUUAACUUAUUCAAAAAGAGAUUAAAAUCAAGAAUUAAAAAUAUGUCUAUAAGAUUUAUAACAUUUAAUAAAAUAAUAAAAAUAGUUAAAUUUAUAAUUAUUGUAUCUUAUUUAUGAAAUAGAUAUAAUAAGAAUAAAAGAAAUUUCUAUUCUUAAAGCAUUAGAGUAAAUUAUGAAAUGUAAUUCUCAAAAUAUAAAUAAAGAUAAAAAAACAUUUUAAAUUCUAAAAUCUGAAGAUCUAGAAAAGGAAUCAGAACUUAAAUUUAUAUAAAAUCUAAAUAAAAUUACACAGCUUUGGAUAGUAAUUUCAAAGAUAUUAAGCAUAUAUUAAGAAGCUAUUUCUGAUGAUAUUAAUAAAUUGGAUUUCAAAAAGAAUUUAAAUAUCAAUAUUCUAUAAGAAUGUGAAUAAAUAAUAAAUACUAUUUCAAAUAUAGAAUAGUUUCUGAAUGGAUUUGUAAUAUAACUUAAAAAUGCAAAAAGAAGUUUUCAAAAAAUAUUUGUAUAAAAUAAAUUAAGUUAAUAAAUAUAAGAGAAAAUUUCUUAAAGAAAAAUUUGGGAUAAUAUUAUCGAAAUUUAUAAUUCUUUAUUAAUAAGAACCAUAAUAUCAGAAUUGAAUCUUCAUUAUUCUUAAAAUUGGAAGAAAUAAAAUUGGGCUUUUGAAAUGCCUAAAGAUUUAGGAAACAAUUUAAUUAGAUGUAUUGAUAUUGAAAUACUGUUAAAAGGAUUAAAAAAUUUGAUUAAUAUACACUAAAGAAAAUUAUAUUUGCUUUAAUUUGAAGAUUUAAAUAAUAUUUCAGACAAUUUAGUAUAAGUGGAAAAUAAUAGAGAAGAUGAUAUAAUAUAAAACACUUUAAUUUAAAAUAUUAUAGUAGAUCUUAAGUCUUAAUUAAAGGGAUAUUUUGAAAAGUACUCCUAGAUUGAUGUUAUAAAGAAUGAAUUUAAAGAAUUAGAUGAUAUUGAAAAAUAUAUCAAAUAAAAUUUACUUGAAAUUAAAAAAAAAAAUUGGUCUGAAGAUAAAAAAAUAUUAAUCAUCAUCACUUUUUAAAAAGUCCUAAACAAAUUAGCCUUAAUAGGAUUAUGUUAGAUAGAUAUAUAAACAGUAUAAUAGGAUAUCCUUUAAAUUUUGGAUAAUUAUUUAUAAAAUAAAAAUAUUAUAGAUUAAUCAUAGAUUUAUAUUACAAAUGAGAGUAAUAAAUAAAAAGGAUUCUAAGAUUUAAGUAUAAAAAUAAAGAAUAAUAAAUCUAAAUAAGAUGACUAAUUUAAUUUUGAAAAAGUGACUAAUCAAAUAAAUGCAAUACUUCUUAAAAUAAAAAGAAUAAAAAGAAUAAUUAUUCAAAAUAGAAUAUAUUACAGUUACAUUACUUUGGUAUCAGAUUAAUUAUUAAAAUAAGUAUCUAUAGAUGAUAUUACAGGAAAUAUGUCAGAAUUAAUUCCAGAUGUAUUAAUGUCAAUUUAAAUCUUUUUAAGCUUUUUAAUUGAAUAAUAAUAAAUUGUUUUCAAUUCUGAGAAACUUUAAUAAGCUUCAAUUGAUUUGAAUAUUGAUUAAUUGGUUGCUAAUCUUAUCCUUUUCAAUAAUCAUUCUAGCCAAUUAGAUUAAUCGUAAUUGUAAAAUGAAGAUAAAAAGUGCGAUAAAAUAUAUUUAAAAUUAUUAUCUAAUUUAGAAAAUACAUCAACUUCCUUAUAGAAAGAAGGUGGGUUUUUGAAUAUAUUGGAAAAUACAUCAUAUAAAGUAAGGGAAGCAUUAGCCUACAAUCUUAUUACAAUGUAAGCUUAGGUUUAGGAGAAAAAGAUUUAAGAAUUUUGUAUAAAUUUAAUAAAAAAAAUUUGGAUUUAUGAAAAACAUCCUAAUGUAAGAAAUUUAUUAAAAAAUAAAGAAUUGAUGGAAUUAUAAAAGAAAAUGUUUUCUUCAGAUAUAAUGACAUUUUAAAAUAGAUUAAAAUUAGAUAUUUAAAUGAUGCUCAAAAAAAUUGCAUAACUUGAAAAUUCAGUUCUAACUGAAAAUUCACCUUAUAUGAAAGAUUAAUUAUAAUAGGCAAUAGAUGAGUUUGAAAUAUAUUUUGAUAAUAUCACAGAUAUGUCUUAAAGAUUAGAUAUUAAUCUUAUAUUUUUAAAGGAAAUAAGCAAAGAUUUGAAAAAUCUUAAAAGCUCAAUUGAUCUAGUAUUAAAAAAUGUUAAUGGAAUUGCAAAUGAUAUUAGAAAAUUAAGAGGUAAAAACUAUUUUGAAUUACUUCUUAUUCGUAAAGAUUAAAUAUUAAAAUAAAAAUAGGAAAAUUAAGUAGAUUAAGUACAUAUAGAAUUGUAAACUUAAGAAUAUGAUCCAAUUACUGGAAAUAAGAUUUAUAAUAACUUAGGAGAAUCAAUCUCAUUCUUAUUAAAAUAUUAGUAUGAUAAUUUUGAAGGUGAAGUAAAUGAAUUUUUGUGGAAUAAAUAGGAAAGAACAAAAGAUGUUAUGUUACUUAAAGGAAGGGCAGGUUCUGGAAAAAGCAGAGCUGCUAUAAACAUAGAAGAAUUAUUAUGGAAUUUUUAUAAGAUAGAACCUUAAUGGAUUCCUAUUUAUAUAUCAUUACCUUCUGUCAAAGAUCCAAAACACAAUAUUAUUGAAUAGGGAUUAGAAUCAGAGAAUUAUAAUUUCGAUAGUGUUUAAAUAAGAGAAUUUAAGGAAGCAGUUAUAGCAGGUAAUUUAAAUAUAGUUUUAAUUCUUGAGAGUUAUGAUGAAAUGAAAUAAGAUUGUUUAAAGUGUAAUCUUUAUACUUCAAAUAGAUUAAUUUAAGAUUUAAAUCUUCAAGAACCUGGUUAAAAUGUCAAAAUUAUAAUUACAACUAGAGAGGAAAUAUUAACAUCAAUUGGAUAUUAAACUUGGUUUUAUGGUAAGAGUUUAAAUACAUUAAAAGAAGUAGAAUUAUUGCCCUUUACAUCAUAAUAAAGUUCUGAAUAUCUUUAACUCUAUUAAGAGAUUAGUGUAAAAAGAUCAAUUAAGAGAUUUUAUGAAUUUUUAAAAUAAUUAAAAGGAUAAAAUUAUUCCUUUAUUUAAUUUAAUACCGUUUGGUGUUAAUUACAAGAAACAGUAUCAAAAAUAUUAAUAAAAAAUUAAGAUUAACAUAUGUUGUUUACAAAUUAAGACACAGAGAAAAUUAUAUAAAAAAUACAAAAUGUUGAAUUUUUCAAUCUUUUUUAACAUGAUUUAAUUAAUUCAUUAAGUAAAGAUUUACUUUAGUUAUGGGGAACAUCAAAAUUUCAUUAAACUAUUAAUAAUGUAAAUAUUGGUCAUUUACUUAAUACUCCUUUUAUGUUAGAGAUCAUAGUUUAUGUCCUCCCUAAAAUGUCUUCAAUAUUUUCAUAGGCUGGUUUCAUGAGAGAAGUCUUAUAAAUAAACUAUCAUUUAUUAAAAAAAGAAUCACUAAAAUCAACUAGUUUAAUCUCAAAAUAUAAAUAAAAAAAAGAUUUAAAAGAAAAUGAAGUAGAAAUAAAAACUUAGAAGAAUAAUAUUAAAGAAUUUGAUGAUUAAUAUAUUAUUGAAUUACUUAAUUCUCUAUUGGAAGAUUUAGAAAGUCAAAACUUUUUUGAAUAGCAUUCUAUAGCUUAACAAUUACAUCUAAAUGGUAAUUCAAUUAUAAGUUAAAACAAAUAAUUUAAUGUGAAAUUUGAUGCUCAAUUUAUUGUUGGUGCCUUUAAAUUGAAUCAAUUAACAGCUUUUGAUUUUUAUAAUGUAUUUGUAGAAUUUUAUCAUGCUUAAUAACUUUAAAAAUGGAAGGAUUUAGGAAAAUCAAUCAAUCAUGAAAGUUUUAUUUUAGAUUUAACAGAAUUUUCAAUGCAUUUAGCUAUUGAUAUGUCUAUAAGAUAACUAACUUAAGUUAAUUAUAAAUAAAAAGGAAAAUUAAUUUUAUAAUAAAUUAAAAAUAAUAUUAAUUUGUAUAAUUCAUGGGAAGAUUGUUAUUUCAGUGAAAAUGAAUAAGAUUCUGAUUAUAAAUAAUUGUUAAGAAAAUGUAUGUUAAUAACUUCAAAAGGAAGUUAACACUCAUUUAAUCAUAAAUCUAUUUAAGAAUUUUUUGUUGCAGAUUAUAUUCUUAAAUUUUUAGAGAAAUAUUCUGAAAGUGAUAUCACAAUUGAUUGUUAAGUAUUGUAACAAAGCAUUUUUAACAAAAAUGAUUUUAAUUUAUCAUCAGAACAAUAUUAAGGAACUUUAGAAUUAUUAAAACCAAAAUUAUAAUAAUUAGUUAAUCUUAAAUAAAAAUUAAUCAAAUUAGUUCUAUUAAGCUAAAAUAUAUAAUUAUUUGAAAGAGCAUCAUCAAAUGCUUUAUAUUUUUUGAGCUGUUUUGGAGAAUAUUUAGAAGAUUUGAACUUGAAUGGACUUCAAAUUUCUAACACUAAACUAAAUGGUUUAACUUUUUAUAAAUGUAAUUUAAAUAAUACUUAAUUUGAUAAUGUUUCUAUUGAUUCAUGUAACUUUGCCUAUUCUACAAUAGAAAAAGCAAAAUGGACAAAUUUAAUUUGUAAAGAGAAACCCUCUUUGACUGGCCAUCAAAAAUCUGUAUAAUCAUUAAUUUUCAUAGAUAAUGGAGAUUCAUUGAUAACGGGAAGUUUGGAUGGGAUCAUAAAUAUUUGGUCUUUUACUAAGGAUCAAAAACCAUUAAGUAGAUAAUUUGAUAAUCAAUAGAUAUUUUCUUUAUCUUAUUCAGAAAUUCAUAAUAUAAUUGUCUGCCUAACUGAUAUUGAAUUAACUUUCUUAAAAGGAAAAGACUUGACGACUAUUGCUUAUUAAACAUUCAUCAAUUAAAACUAUACAAGUAUUUUAGUGUCUCCUGAUUUGAAUUAUAUUGCUGUAAUAAUAUCUUAUUAAGUAUUAUUUAUAAUGGAAACUAAAUAAUUAAGUGAAAAAUAGAAUCAAAACAUAGACUAUUCAAUUAAAGUUGAUUCCUAAAUAUAAUGUAUUGCUUUGUCAUAAGAUUAAAAAUUACUUGCUAUAAGUUGUUAGGACAUUUAAUUUUGGAAUGUCUCAGAUAUCUCUAAUUGUUACAAGCUAUAAGAUUUAAAAAUAGAAUAGAAAAUGAUAACUUAACUUUAAUUCUCUUCAAAUAAUUAAAUUUUUAUUUUUUAUGAUGAAAAUGAUAAGGAAGUUCAUUUUUGGAAUAUAAAAGAUUUAAAAAGCAUUGUUUGGAUAUAAUCUAUUAAUUUUAGAGGAUAAGUUAACUAAAUAGAGUUCACUUUGAAUAAUCAAUAUGUUAUAUUAAGAUCAAAUUAUUUUACAAUUUAUGAUUUUAUGAGAUUAACAGAGUAAUAAGAAACAAUUUUAGUAUAAUCAUCUAUAAAUAUUAAAGAAUUUGAAACUUCUAGAAAUUUUGAAAUAUUAGCUUGUAUAUAAGAAAAUAUGAAAUUAAGUUUAACAAUUUAUAAUAUGAAGGAUAUAAGAAAUAUUUAAAAGCUUAGUAUAUUAAUAGAGAAUCAAAAUGAACUAUCAUUAAUUAGAUUUUCUGAGGAUGGAUUAUAUUUAUUAUGUUGUAAAAGGGAUGAAAUUUUAUUAUGGAAUUUAAAUAAUUAUAAAUCAUACAAAACAUUAGUGACAUCAUAAGAUAAAAUAAUUGAUGUUGUUAUUUCUUAAGAUUAAAAAACAUUGGUAUCUUGUAGUUUAAGGAAAAUAGUCAUCAUCUAAGAUUUCUUUGAAAUGACUUAAUGGGAUAAAUUAAAUAUUAUUGAUUUAAGUUUUGAUUUUAAAGGAGCUAGCUUUUACAAAAUGAAAACUUUAGCUAUAUUAGGUGAAAAUAAAGAAGGUUCUAUUAUAUAAUUUUUUGAUUGUUAAUCAUCAAUAUUUUUAAAUUAAUUCUAAAGUAUUGAAAUUUUAGAAAAAGUAUAUUUUACAGAUAACUAAACAAUGAUUACAUUAGGUAAAACACUUCAAAUAUGGGGAAGUUAUAGGGAUGGUUAUAAAUUUGAAAAUAUUAAACAAAAAGAAGUUGAAUUAUAAAUAUAUGGUUAUAAUUCAAUAUAUUAUCCAGAAUUUAAGAAUUUGUUAAUCUAUGAUUCUAAUACUAUAUACAUAUUGUCAAUUUAAUAUUUACAAUAUCAUAAAAUCAAGAUGUAAAAGUAUUUAAGAUAAUUAAAAUAUUCUUUUAUUUAAAAAUUUUUAAUAUUUAUUACAAAUACUGGAUUAGAAAUACAAUUAAUAGAUAAUAUUUUAUCAACUAAAAAAAUCUCUUGUUAAACCUCCUAAGAUUUUUCAAUUUCAAAUAAUUAAACAAUGUUAGCAUAUACAAUGGAAUAAGAGGUAAUUAUAAGUGAUCUAAGCAUAAACAAUAGUAAGAAAGAUGUAAAAAUAAAAAAUAUUAGUUUUUAUAGUGAUCAAAGAGUUUGUUUUGCAAAAUAGGAUUAAAUCUUCAUCAUUUGUAAAAGAAAUUAAGCAUACUUAUAUGACAUUUAAAAUCUUGAAUAAAUUAAGCUAAUUAGUAAUGCUACAAUAAAUGAUUUACCAACAAAAAUUUUAUUUUUAGAAAAGACUUAAUAAAUCAUAGCAUUUUACAAAAAAUAUAUUACUCUCCAAAAUAUAGAUAAUUUAGAAGACUGUAAAAUAAUAUAAAGAUCAUAAUAAGAUAAUAUAUCUACUUAUUUAUUAACAUUAAAUAAUAAUUAUUUUGGAAUAAGUUAUAAUAAUCAAAUAAUCAACUUUUUACCUUUAUCAUAAUCAAUUUAAGUGUAAUUAUUUCAAAAAGUUGGUACAUUCAAGUACAAGGGUUUUGCACAAUCUGAAAGUUUGAUGAUAGUGAUAACUUCUGAUUUAGAAAUAUUUAAAAUAGAUCCAAAAAAUUUAUUAAUAGUUAAGAUCGGAAGUUUAAAAGAAUAUGGAGAAAUGUAUCGCUUAGAAUUAAAUAUCUAAUAAACAAAACUAUUAUUAGCAAUUAAAAUUAAAGAUAAGAAUACAGAAAGAUUAGAAUUAAUAGACUUUAAAUCAAUGAAAACAAUUCAAUGUUUGGAAUAAUAUGAUGCAAGUGUUCAUUAUUUUUAAAAAGCCUUUUUCUCUGAAGAAAGCUCUUAUUUUGUUACAGCUUACUCAAAUGUUACUAUAAAAUUAUGGGAUUUAAAAACAUGCAAGCUUUUAUCUACAUUUAAAAGUAAUACUGAAAGUAUUGAUUUAAUUUCAAUUUCAGGGAAAGGUAUAUUAGCUUAAUCUGGAAAAGAAGUCAUUAGACUUUGGAAUUUGAAUGCUUUAAGAUAAUAAUAAUUAGAAUUUGAUGGUCACUCAACUUCAAUUAUCUUAGUUACAAUAUCAUCAGAUGGUUUAUAAUUAGCUUCAGGUUCUGUUUUUGAGAUUAUUAGAUGGGAUUUGACUAAUUUUUAAAAGAUUGAUGUUUUAUUAAAGAGGACAUAAUUACCACCCAAGUUUUGUUACUCAUAAGAUUGCUAAUACUUUGCAGCUAUAGAUGAUUAAGGUAGCAUAAGAUUAUGGAAAAUAAAUACAAAAUAUUUAGUUGAAAACAGUUAUGUUAUUUGUUAUUAUUAAAAAGCAUAUGAUAUUUAAUUCAAUGAAAAGUGUAAUUCAAUUAUAGUUCUCUAUAGUAAUCAUAUUAAAAUACAAUGGGAUUUAUCAUAAAGAAAAUUACUUGAAUAAUCUAACAUUGAUACAUAUAAUUAAAUAAAAUAAAGACCUUCAAUUGAUAUAAAUCAUUUAUUUACAUAUGAUUCAAAGUAUUUAGUAACCUUUAGUCCUAUUAAAAUGAUAGAUGUAACUAAUGAAAAAUAAAAAUUCAUUAUAGAAGAUACAAUUCUUAACCAAAAAAUUAAAUUAAUUGCAAUUUCUCAUAAUAAUCUAAAAUUGGCUGUUCAAAAUGAAGAUUGUAUUAAUUUAUGGUCUAUUGAAGAAAUGAAAAUUCUUGCCUAAUUAGCAAAAGGAUUAGAAAUCAGUUGUUGUUUAGCUUUUUCAAUAAGUGAUAAAGUUUUAUUUUCAUUAAAUAAAUAAUUCAUUGUCCAAUUAUGGGAUGUAGAUGGUCAAUACAUUAUUAUAUCAGAAAUUUCAAUUGCUCCUAAAAUAGAUGAUCCAAUCUUUUCAGCAUUCCUAGAUAAAGCCAUUUCAUUUCCUUUGAUUGAAGAUAAAUUUUUGGUUGUCUAUUCUUUAUUUAUUGCAUUCAAUAUCAUUUAGUCAGAUUAUUUAAAAGCAAGUUAUAUUCCUGAUAAAGAAAAAGUUUGGGAUCUUAGUUUUGAUUAUUAUGCAAAAUAUUUUUAAUCUGCCUUUUCUGAAUAAAAAUAAUUAUUAGCUGUAUAAUGGAUGAGAGAAUUUAAAAUAUUUGAUACAAAAUCUAUGAAACUGUUUGUAACUUUAGAACCAACUGUAUUUGAUAGUUCAAAUUAUACAUCUUUAUUAUCUUUUUCUAAAAGUGGUAAAUAUCUUUUGUCAUUAAAUUUGGAUUAAACUAUAAAUAUAUGGGAUCUAACUUCUUUAUAAACAAUAUAAAAAUAUGCAAAUGUUAAAUAAAACUUUAUUGUUAAGGCUUUCACCUUUCUUGAAGAUGAAGAAAACAUUGUAAUUUUAGGAUUAGAUAAUCAUAUAUAUCAUGAUCAUAUUUCAAACUUCAAUUUACAAUAUUCAUUUUUAACUGAAGAAGUUUAAAUUAAAUUUCAAUAUAUAAUCAAAGAUAUAAAUCAAUAUUAAAUGAAAUAUUAAGAGAAUGAACUCAAUAUUUUUGAUAAAAAAUCAGGAAAUUAAAUUUACACUCUCAAUAAAUUUAGCUCAAAAUUAAAUACAGCCUCAUUCUCUCCAUGCUGUAGAAUCAUAAUAUUAGGUAUGAAGGACGGAUCAAUAUUAUUUUAUAAAAUAGACUAAGAAACAUUGGCCAAAUAUGGAUUCCCAACUUUAUGUAAAAGCAUAAAUAGAUUUCCAUUAUUAAUGGCACCCUGUUCUAAGCUUUAAAAUACAUAAUUGGAGUCAAAAGAAUCCGAAAAUUUGACUAGACUUUUUAUUGAAAAAGGGGCAAAUAACUCAAUGAUUUGA